CUAAACUUGCGACAUAAGCAGAGUACAAAUACUGUGCGUUUUAAUGUUUACCCAUAGAAUGUCAAUUAAACACACUUAUAUCUAUUGGAAAAUACAAUUUAAUUUUAUUUCACGAAUGUCUUGAACCGAAACGGCUCGUUUCCCUUUCGCCUAUAGAGCGCCGCCAUUUUGGAAACCCUGAUGACAUCACAAAGCACGUUCCCUGCGUGCUACGCCGUUGAGCUGCUGCUGCUGAGUGCUAACUGCAGAAGAGACAAAGCGAAAAACUAAUUGACUCUUCGUUCAAUUAAAUACUUUUUAAUUUAACUGUUUGGGUACCGAAACAGACUGUAACGUAGAUCUGGACAUUUUGGUUACAAAGACGAACGCAACACAUCUGAGCAAAAGGAUGUGUGAUGGUGCCACAAACAUUACUGCGAUUGGAACAGUAAAACUCUGUAGAAAACUAAGUGAUGGACCUCACUUUUCAUAAUAUCCCAAUCUAUUAAAAAAAAGAGAGAUAUAAGACGCAUGCUUCUAAGUCACAAAAUAAGCUCUUAACAUACUUUUUUUUUUUUUUUUUUUUUUAACAAGGACAUUUUGUGGAUCAGAGCACACAUUUCUAAAAUGGAUAGCGAGGAGGAUUUGUCCCAUAACAGUGAGGAUACAGGUUCAAAACAUGAUGAUUUUACAGAAGAUAAUGGAAAGCCAGAAAAUACAAGGGGAAGUGUUAAUAUUAAGGAGGAACCUGACCAUUCUGAAUAUGAAAAUGUGCUUAAAGAUUACAAUAAUACUCUUUGUGAUGCAGCAGUGUAUGCAGAGUCUGUUGCAAUUUCUCCUGGGACAUUGGCUAAGGAAUCCUGCUCUGUGACCUCUCCUGAAAGGCUGUCUGAUAUGCCUCCUGAGCUGGCUUCUGGACAAUCAUCAGUGGACAUUCAGACUAUAACCUCACCUUCAGAUGUAAAAACCAAGGGUCCAAUUUUGAAUGACGACCAGGGUUCAGUUUUACAGCAAAACAAAAAAACUAUGAAGAGAAAAGCUGAAACGAUGGAUGACGAGACAUCAGAAAAAGUCAACAAAAGCAUAAAUAUUAAAGAGGAGCCAGAAAAUUGCAUAAAUGACAAUAGUGAGGAAAAGAAUGAGACCUUCGUUGGUUCACCUGGCAGAUAUGUUGCUAGAGAAAGUGAUGAAUAUGGAAAUUUGCUUACCGGGUACACUAGUACGCUUUAUGAUGUAGCAAUGGAUGCUGUUACACAAAGUCUUCUCUCAUCAAUGAGAAAUAAUGUUAACCCAAGGAAAAAGUCACCUGCUUGGAAUCAUUUUUUAAUAUCUCCAAGAGAUAAUACCAAAGCAAUCUGUAUGUACUGCAUGAAAGAGUUUAGUCGGGGUAAGAAUGAAAAAGACUUGAGCACAAGUUGUCUAAUGAGGCAUGUGCGAAGGGCUCAUCCUACAGUACUUUUACAGGACAAUGAAUGCUCUUCAAAUUCCAUUCCUAAUUCGGUUGCUACCUCUGUAUUGCCUCCCAUAAAUCCAUCCAAUAAUGGGGAAUUGACAUCUCAAAAUAAUACUUCUAUGGUAUCUUCACCAGGUGAUAUGGAAGAGACUCCAUCUAAGGAAGUAUUUUCAACGACCCCAAUAUCAGACAAGUAUGUCAAAGAUGAGACCUGCAUGGCUUCUUCCCCACAUUCCAGUAAUAACCAUAAUGAAGAUGCAAUGGAGAAUCAGUCUGUCACUUCAAAAAAUUCAAACUCAAGAAGAAGAUCUGCUGUUUGGAAACAUUUUUAUCUAUCUCCUGUAGACAGUUCGAAAGCCGUGUGUAUACAUUGUAUGAAUGAAUUCAGCCGCGGGAAGAACGGAAAAGAUCUGGGAACAAGCUGUCUUAUAAGACACAUGUGGAGAGCCCACCGUGACAUUGUUAUAGAAGAGAAUGGAAAUGGUUCAAGUAUUCCACCUCAUUAUUCAACACCCCCCACUUUGUUACCAACGUUCCAGCACCCAGACACAGGGGAUUCAAAAUUCAAAAAAGAUUCCCAUUUCAUAACCUCAUCUCCUGAAAGGAUGACUGAUGAGGUGCCACAGAAUAUCAAUGAAAGCAUGGACAUUAAAGAGGAGCCUGAUGAUGCACUUUAUCACCUGUCUACUGGCCAAGCAUUAAUAGACACAUCAGUAACAGCACUGUCUUUUCCUGAAGGGGCUAGUGAGAGAGACAUUUUGCUUACCUCAUCACCUGAUGAUCUGUCUGAGGGUCCAAGCUUGAAUAAAGACCAGAGUUCAGUCUUCCAACAAAAUAAGAAAAUUAUGAAGAGAGUGAAAUCAGAAGUGUGGCAUCAUUUCAUAGUGUCUCCAGUUGAUCAUCUUAAAGCUUUAUGCAGAUACUGCCCCUGUGUCAUUAGCAGAGGAAAAAGAGGGGAUUUUGGCACAAGCUGUUUGAUGAGGCAUCUGAUGAGGCGUCAUCCUAAUGUUCUCAAGAACCAAAAAGGCACAUUUGAAAAUAUUCCUUCAUCUCCUCGAUCACCCUAUGCUACACUAGCUGCUGCAGAAGCUCUGUCAUCUAAAAUCACUGAAAACUCCUCCAUGGCUGAGGAAAAGCCACACAUACUACCUGUUACUAGUAAAAAGACAUCUAAAUUGUGGAAUCAUUUUUCUAUCUGUACUACAGAUCCAACAAAUGUUGUGUGUUUGCACUGUAGUCGCACAAUAAGCAGAGGAAAAAAGACUACAAACCUUGGGACAAGUUGCUUGUUCCGGCACAUGCAGAGAUUUCAUGGAAAUGUUCUUGAAAACAAGAGCAAUGUCUCAAGAGUUAUGGUGUCUUCCUCUGCAGACCUCCAAGCCAGAUCUGAUUCAAUGGAAACUACUACUGCUACUACAUCUGAAGACAGCAAUGAAAAAUACAACGAAUAUCAUCCAAUUGCCAAAAAAAUUACCAAACUUGUUGCUGAAAUGCUUGCAUUGGACCUUCAACCAUCAUCCCUUGUGGAAAAUGAUGGAUUUAACAGAUUACUGGAAUACCUUCAACCACAGUAUUCCAUACCUUCAUCAACCUAUUUUUCUAGCACAGCCAUACCAGAAAUGUAUGACAGUGUGAAGGAAGUAAUUGUUUCACAUCUUAAGGAGGCUGAAGGUGGCAUUGUUCAUUUCACAGCUGGAAUUUGGGUUAGCAACCAGACACACGAGUACUUGACUCUUACUGCUCACUGGGCAACCUUUGAAUCAUCUGUUCGACCUCCAGGGCAAGACUUCCACUGUUCUGCUCUUCUGAAUGUUUCUCAAAUUGACUGUGACUACAACCUCACGGACAUUAAAAAACAGCUAGAAUACUUGUGGGACACCUGGAUUAUUUCCUCUGGUCUGAAAAUUGGCUUCACUGUAACAGAUAAUCAGAGUAUUGCAAAUAUCCUUGAUGACAAUGAACAUGCAAGCAUGCAGUGUUUCGGACAUACUAUUGAUCUCAUUGUAAGUGAAGCCAUAAAGAGUCAGAGAAUGGUUCAAAAUCUUCUCAGCAUUGCAAGAAAAAUUUGUGAGCGUGUUCAUCGUUCAGCAAAGGCAAAAGAGAAAUUGGCAGAGCUGCAAAAAGCGCAUGACUUGCCCGAAAAUCAGCUAGUCCAGGAUAUCCCUUCCAAGUGGAAUACAUCUUUUUACAUGCUUGAACGUUUAGUUGAACAGAAGAAAGCAAUCGAUGAGUUGUCUAUAGAGUGCAACUUCAGGGAACUGAUCAGUUGUGAUCAAUGGGAAGUGAUGCAGUCUGUGUGCCAUGCUUUAAAACCUUUUGAGGUUGUCUGCAGGGAGAUGAGCACCCGAACAGCUACACUUGGACAAGUUAUUCCAUUGAUUCACAUUCUAAACAGAAAGAUAGAUAUGUUGUUUGAUGAAACCAUGGGUAUAGACAACAUGCUAAAAUCUUUGAAAGAUGGCAUGGUGAGCCGAAUGUCCUCUGCACUUCGCGACCCGAGGUACAUCUGGGCUACUAUGUUGGACCCCCGUUAUAAGACCUCAUUAUUUACGGAGGAAGAAGCAGAACAGUAUAAACAGGACCUGGUCAAAGAACUAGAUUUAUCAUAUUCUACCUCAGGAGAGAGAAAGUCUGUUGUUUCUAAUGGUUGUAGCGAAGUUCCUGCUCCAUCUAACAGCGGUCCCAGUAGCAAGGACAAUCUGUGGGCCCUAAUGGAUGACAUCAGGAGUAAAAUAAGAGAGGAAAGACCAAAGUCUUCAGAACUGACUGUACUUGAGUACUUGGAGGAAGAAAUAGUGGAUCAAAGCUGUGAUCCUCUUGAUUACUGGAACCUGAAGAAGUUCCUAUGGCCAGACCUUGCCAAAGUAGCUAUUAGAUAUGUGGGAUGCCCCCCAAGCAUCAUUCCAGCAGAGACACUGUUCAGUACAGCCAGCAAGAGCUGUAGCCUGAAUCAAACAAGGUCAAUGCUAGAGAAUAUAGAAAGACAGAUCUUUUUAAAAGUAAACCUUCCCCUAAUAUAUUUUCAGUAUUGAAGAAUGCCUGAACUACUGUUUGAUGGAGUGGGAGUUUAGCUAUAGGAGGAUGUACUGUAACUUUUGUUUUGCUUUUUGUACAGUUCCCACCCCCUUUUUUUUUUUUUUUUUACAAAUUUGUAAAUUAAUUUCUUGUGCCUUAUGCAGAAUUCUUCAGGUCAAAAUGCUGUAAAUACUUAGAAGUUUACUCAAGGUGUAGUCCAUGAAUUAAAGUGAGUAUGUGCUGUAGUUACUAGAUGCUCCACUUAAUGAUUCUUGAAAAAUGCAGCCCUAAGGACAAAGCUGUGACCGGAAAAAAAUGUUUAAAAAAAAAUAAAAUAAAAAUGGUAAUGUAAUUUUAUUUGAUCCUUUCAUUGUGGAAAUAUGUGGCUCAUGGUACUGUUGUUUAAAUUUAGAAGAUUAGUUUCCUUUUUAAAUUCCUGAAAGCAUUUGUAUGUAACAGACAAUGCAUAUUGGUACUGUAUAAACAGUAUUUGUUCAAAUUUAUACUUUUAUCUCUCUUAAGCACAAAUUGUUUGUAUAAUUAAAUGUUGUACUGAGGGUUAAAUUAUGGGUAAAAUCCAGUGAAUAUACAGUGUACAUUUAUACAUAUUAAUUUCCAUACUGAAUUUGAUAACUGUGUGUAAGCAUUCAGACUGGAAACAUACUAAUUAUGUGGUAUAUUGUAAAUAAAUAAAGCAUUUUUCUCCUUGAA